AUGCCGGCGCUGGCUGCCUCUCGCCUCUUCUCGUCGCUCCUCUUGCUUCAAUCACCCUCGGACCCCACCUUCGACCGAAACGAGGUCGCUUCAGCCAGACGAGGCGAGACGCAGACGUUUUGCCCGACGAACUACACUGUAGUGGAUAGCUUCUUCGCUCAGUCCUCUGCACACUUCAACGACUCCGCGGCGUACGAUCCACUCGACGACUCCUUUGGCUUGCUGGACAAGUCAGAAGAACGAUGGCAGCGGUUCGCUGAGCGGAUAGACCGGCUCAAUCGGGAGGCGGACGUAGGAACGGCUUAUAAGGUCUUCUUCGUCGGACGGCAUGGCGAGGGCUGGCACAAUGUCGGCGAGAAGAAGUACGGGACUGAGGCGUGGGACAACUAUUGGAGCAUGCUGGAAGGUGACGGCGAGAUCAAAUGGGGACCGGAUCCGCUCCUCACGCCUCUCGGCGAACGACAAGCUGCUCGCGUCAACUCUGCCUGGAAGCGAGAGCUUCGCGAUGGAGCGCCUUCCCCUCAGAGCUACUACUCAAGCCCGCUUUCUCGCGCUGCUUCGACAUUGGAGAUCACUUGGUCCGACAUCUUAGAAGAGCGCCGUUAUCACAAGAAGCCGCUGAUACGAGAGCAUCUGCGCGAGACGAUGGGCGUUCAUACCUGCGACAAGCGAAACACGAAGACGUACCUCAAGCGGCAUUACCCGUCCUUCAGGCUCGAGGUGCCUUUCUCCGAACAUGACGAGCUCUGGAGCCCCGAUUGGCGGGAAUCGAACCAGCAACACGCGCUCAGAACUCAGCAGGUUCUGAACAAGAUCUUCGCAACCGAUCCUGCGCAGUUCGUCUCAAUAACGGCACACGGCGGCGUUAUCCAGUCCUUCUUGCGAGCGGUCAACCACCGCAAAGUCAGCGUCUCGACAGGCUCGCUCAUCCCCGUGGUCGUCAAGGCUGUCGACUCUCCACGAGCCCACAACGAGCUUCUCGCAGGCGGUCAGAGUCUUGCGGCUCCUCCUCUUCCGCAACCCACUUCUUAUCGCACUGUAGACUUGUAG